CUCAAGUUUUGUACCUCUAGCAGUUAAUUGUCCUUUUAAGAAGAAAAAACAGACAUAAUUUUUGGACAAGUAAAAAAACCAUAUAGGACAAAUUUACCCUCCUAUUUCAAAAUUCUGUGUUUGUGAUGGGAACUGAAUGUGUGUCAUUCCAUGUUUCCUUCCCGACCGCUUUUCUACGUACACAUGCUGCCCAUGUGAAUGAAGAAAGUCAGCUAGAGAUCAAAACCACAAGACAGCCUGUGAGCCCUGUGUAAUGUUAUAUCGUAUAUUAAUUAUUGUAUAUCAUAUAUCAGUGUAUCGUCCCUAACAAUGGCAAGAGUGCUGAAAAUCCUGCAGACCCUGAGGAAUCACUGGAAGAAGUCUGUGUUCGGGGUCUGUGUUGUAUCUUACGGGGGGCACUGGCUCUAUGGAAAACACUGUGACAAUUUAUUGCGGAGGGCAGCAUGCCAGGAAGCUUUGAAAUUUGGCCAGCAGAUUAUCCCAGCGAACGUGCAGCUUAAAAAAGCCACCGUCAUCCUCAACCCCGCAGCCUGCAGUAGGAAAGCAAGCACCCUUUUUGAGAAAAAUGCAGCCCCCAUCUUAUACUUGUCAGGCAUAGAGGUGACACUAGUUAAGACAGACUAUGAAGGCCAGGCAAAGAAGCUGCUGGAUCUGAUGGAGCAGACCGAUCUUAUCAUUGUGGCUGGAGGUGACGGGACCCUGCAGGAGGUGAUCACUGGUCUGCUGCGACGAGCCGAUGCGGCCACCUUCAGUAAAAUUCCAAUUGGUUUCAUCCCCCUGGGAACCAGCAACACUCUGAAUCACACUCUGUACCCAGACAGUGACAACAAAGUCAAGCACAUCACUGAUGCUACCCUGUCCAUCCUGAAAGGAGACACUAUCCCCCUAGAUGUGCUGCAGAUAAAGGGAGAGACGGAGCAGCCAGUGUUUGCCUUGACCUGUUUGCAAUGGGGAGCGUACAGAGAUGUAGCUGCAAACAUUAGCAAAUAUUGGUACCUUGGGCCUUUAAAAACAAAGGCAGCUCACUUUUUCAGUACUUUGAAGGAAUGGCCACAGAGUCAUCAGGUGUCUCUGAGGUACCUGGGCCCCACAGCACGGCCCCCCGAUGAGACCAAGGAACCCUCCCGCCCGCAACUCCUCACCCGCAUAUUCCACAGGCUGGCGCUUUACUGGUCUCCCCCCAAAGAGGAACCUCCAAAAGAGACAGAACCAGAGCCUUGGCAAGAGGUGGAGCUGUCAGCAGUGGAAGUGUCAAUCAGCACUCACAACAGAAACCCUGAUCUCCAACGCACAGAAGAUGCCCUGACAAUCUGUGUGGAACCAGACACUCUCAGUAAAGGGGACUUCAUCGCCAUGGGGAGCACAAAGCUGACAGACCCGUCUAUCUGUCCGGAGAGUGGGGUCUGUGUGCAGGCCAGUAGCUGCCAACUCAAUCUGCCAAAGGAUGGCGCUGGUUUCUACAGCAUUGACAAUGAGGAAUACGAGGCCAUGCCUGUCGAGGUCACGCUGUUGCCACGGAAACUCAACUUUUUCUGCGAUUCCGGCCGUAAACAUGACUUGCUGAACUAGGCACAAGGCAUGAAAGGAAAUCAAAAAAGUGUCUACUGAAGCAAAACUGUGCAGACUUGGUCACAUGCUUCAAGAGAUGCUGAAGGUACUGAGAUGCAGACGCAGUGGCUGAAAUAAGAAGUGUUGCUGUACCCGGCUUAUGGUUUUGUCAUAAGAAGUGUUACUGUACCCGGCUUAUGGUUUUGUCAUAAGAAGUGUUACUGUACCCGGCUUAUGAUUUUGUCAUAAGAAGUGUUACUGUACCCGGCUUAUGGUUUUGCCCACUGGAAUCUUUGGAUAAGAUACUGGAAUAGCCAGUCCCAUCUUGUCCAGCAUGCAUUGCUUUCCAUUGUAGAUCCACAUCAGAACGUCCAAUUUUGCUUGCAGGAGGAUGGGCUUCAUAUUCUGACUAAAAUUAGUUCUUAUAUAUGGGCCGGCCAUACUUAAGACACAGUUGAUUUUUGAGAGGCUUACAGGUUCUCAUUUAAGGGUCUGUAAAUGAUGGAUCCCCAUCGGCUGAGGCUGUAAAAAUGUAACAGAAAACGGCUGGUUUCAGAGACUGAUCACUAAUUGUGGAUUAUUUUAUCUAAAAGUAGUUAAUCAGUGUCUGUGAAACCAGCUGUAAAGGUUUUAACUAGCAUACACAACUUCAAUGAGAAUUUUAAAUUUAUUAUACCAUCUUUAUAUUUUACUUUUGUAUUUAAUUCAGUGGUUUACAGUGCACCAGACUAUAACUGAGAGAAUGUUUUGCUGAAUGCAAGGUUCUCAUGAAACAGGUCAUUUUGUUUAAACGGUUAAGAUCUUUGCUUUCGUUUUACUGUCUUACAGCCUUAUUUCAGAUUCCCUCAAAAGAAAUUUACUCACCCAAGAAUUUUGCCUGAAUAUUGAAUAUUAAAAUAUAUUUUUUUCUGUGUAACCUAAUUUACUUGUUUGUAUCAUAACUGAAACAAUAUUUUACCAUGGAAAACUAUUGACCAGAAGUGAUCAUUUACAUGUCUUAUUUUGUAAUGGAAAUAUCAUGCAUUGUAAGAUGAUGUACUGUGUUUUGUAUUAAAUGUAUGUCAUCGUCCAGCAAGUAUUAGGACUGAUGAAUAAAUUCUGAAUAUCGCAGUA